AUGGCGUGCGCAUCAGCGGAUGGAAUCGUCAUUCGUGACAUGAAAGUGGAAGACUACGAGGAAGUGAGGAAACUUUUAUUCGACAGUUUCUACACCGCAGAGCCAUUGAGUUUGUGUUUACAGAAGAAACAACAAAUAGGUCACUUAAAGAAACACGAUGAUCACCUGAUAACAAUGAUUGAAGAAGGCAAUUGUUUUGUUGCUAUCGAUGAGCGCAAUUCAAAUUGCAUUGUUGGCAUCAUCUUAUCCUGCAAUCAAGAGCCCAGUGAUGUGGAAGAAAAUCGUCAAAGAGCCAAAAACUCGGGACAAAUAACUAAGUUCCUCUCAGCAAUCGAAACCGAGGCGAACAUCUUUGAGCGCUACAAAGUAACUAAGGCGCUUUAUUUGUUUAUAGUCUGUGUAUCCUCUCACAUGAGAGGAAACGGGUUGGGCACACGCCUAACAAAUGUGUUAAUAGAAAGGGCACGUGGCAAAGGGUUUUCCCUGCUGAUAGCCGACUGCACAAGUUUCUACGCAGCUCGUCAGAUGGAGGCCUUGGGCAUGGAAUGUGCUUACUCUUUUGCUUACGCGGACUACAAAGAUGAGCAGGGUGAAGUGGUUUUUCAGCCACCAGCACCACACACACAUGUGAACGUUAUGGUCAAGAGAUUAUAAGCAGCCAAAAACUCGACUUGCAUCUUAUCUUAUAUGUUGAU